UUUAUUUUCGGUAUAUUCUGUUUGACAUCGAUCAAUAAAGUACGCUUCACUGUAUUCCGCUGCAAGAUGAUGUUAAUGAUGACCACAACACAGACAGGAAUGAAAUUUGCAGGGAGCAGUCAAGUGAGCGUAGUAGACACAGUUAACCAGUACUGGACAAGGGUUACGCUGGGGGAAUAUCACCAGUGUAUUAUUUGCAUGUGUGAUUUGAAGUUGCACGACGAAGUCCGGUAUCUACCCUGCUUACACACCUAUCAUCGGACUUGUAUUGACGACUGGCUCAUGCGAUCAUUCGUCUGUCCAUCUUGUCUCCGUCCGGUUGAAGUGGAUUUCAUUGCGGCAACCGCAAACGCCACUGCCGUGGAGACAAACGAUCCUGAUAAUCCGUCAGUUCAAAACAGCCUGCCAGAGAAUGGGCCUGAAGAACCGGCGAUUUCCGCCUCACCAUCCACACAAAAUUCGAAAAUCGAACCUACAAAACAUCAACCAGUCGAACAAGGUGAUGCUCCUCCGAUAUCACCAAACACACUGCUACACCAGGCUCACCUAUCUGGCCCCAGUCCGGAAACAGUAACAGAUCGUUGA